GUGAAACUCUGACACAUGACGCACAGAUGAGGUCUGUGUCCUUGCUGUGUUAUCUCAUUAGAAACGUUGUAACAACCAUGGCUUGGUGUUACCAUCGUGCUUGCUCUUUGCUCGGUUGGUUGAGGUCGCGAAUGGUUUUUAUUUUUCGCAGUAUUGGAAAUUAUGCCCCAAUACUCGGAUUUGCACUCUUGGCGCUACGCUUCAGCGGUGGUCGCAGAGGUAAAGAUGAGCCUGAGACAAGCGCUGAAAACAAACCUUUGGAGACAAGUUCCCCAGAGAAGCUCCAGGAGGUUUACUGCGAGGAUCUACCUCAGGCCACCGCAGGGAGCAUCGAGGUCUCCCACCAGGAGUCAGAGAGUAAAGAACAUGAGGAUGAGGAAGAAGAGUAUCGAGUGAAGACCACAGACGAGUUUUACUGUGACUACGAUUCAACCUGGGAGACUGAGGAGAGUCAGGAGGGUUCAUCCAAGAGGAUCAACCGUCCAGCACAGUCCAGACAUUACAAAUUCAACAGAUUUAGAGAUGCAGCAAGAGACAUGCAGAACUACAGGCAUGACUACCCUAACACAGGACAAAGCAGGAGGAAGUCCACACCUGGGAAUGGCAUGCCUAACUUGGAAUUCUAUCUGGGACAGAGGGCCUCAUCACCUGACGGUGCCUUGAUAAGCGAUUUCCACGACCACUGGAAAGAAGAUUAUGACACACUGGAGUUUGUACACACUUAUAUUCAGUGGUUGUUCCCACUUGAAGAGCCAGGAUUGAACUAUGAUGCCAAGACACUGACAAAGGCAGAAGUUAUGGAGUUUCGCCAAAACCCAAUUGCAAAGGAAAAUCUGCUGAAGUCGUACAAGCUCAUGUUGGACUUUUACGGUAUCGAGUUGUGUGAUGAGAAUACAGGAAAGGUCAGGAGAUCGGCCAACUGGAGAGACAGAUUCCAGAACCUGAACAGUCACACCCACAACAACCUGCGCAUCACCCGCAUCCUGAAGUGCAUGGGGACCCUGGGGUUCCCUCACUACCAAGCCCCCCUGGUCCACUUCUUCCUGAAUGAGACUCUCUUCCAUGGAGAACUCCCAAGAGUCAAGGACAGUGCCCUCAGCUACUUUCUGUUUGCUGUCCGGGAUAAGAAACAACGCAGGGAACUCAUCAAGUUUGCUUAUUUGCACUAUGACCAUAGAGAUGAUUUUGUGUGGUGCCCAAAGAAAAUUCAGAUGAAGUGGUCCAAGGAAAUGCAUAGCAACAAAAAGGUUGAUAUGAAUCCCUCUAUUGGGAACAGAAAAGCUGAAGACAAACCUCAUAUCUGGUCACAAUGAAGAAAUUCUCUAACUGGACUUUGACUGCCACCAUAGAGCAACAGUUACCAUAGAUGUCUGCCUUACACACUGGUGGAGGAGGUGACCCCAAAGCUUUAUAGUUUUAUGCAACUUUGCCACGUGAAUGCAGUUCUAAUAUCCAGCUCUAAAGAGGAUGUCAGAGAGGGUCAAAGCAGCAAAGACAGGGACAGUGAUGAUGAGUUUAUCCAGUGACACAGAGGAAGAUACACUCCAGAUUCUGCAGGUGAUCGGAGCAUCUUUGAAAUGUACUUUGCCUCUAUGGUUGGUUUCUGUACUCUGUGCACCAAGUUGAAUAUAGUAAUUAUGUUGUUGUUUUAGUAGUAACAGUUUCUCCUAGUUGCCUUAUUCCUGUACUCAGGCUUUUAUAUAAUAAUGUGCAAUCUUCUGAACUAAAGGAAUGUUAUACACAAUGGUUGCUUUUGCAGCACAUGAAAAUAAUUUUAAGAACUGCUCAUCAGUUUGUAGUUGAUAAACACCAAAAAAGCCACACUAAAGCCACUGUCUACAGCCUAUGACUAUCUCAUUCUUUGUGUUCACAGCCUGUUUGGUUAUCUAUGCAUCUUUUGUGCCUGCAUUUCAAAAUAUUCCAUUAAUUCCUAACUGUAGUCUGAGUAACUAAUAUUUUUGGAGUGGCAUGGUUGAAACUAAGGCCUGGUCACU